UUUCCUCCCACACCGAGCAAGGAGCAAAGCAACAUUAUUGCAAAGAACUGCUUUUUCAGUCCGCAGUCGCGAUGAGGACCAGACACCGUGAAACUACUACUUUCCUCGUCUCCCUUUCUUUUAUUUCCAGUCUCGAAUUGCUCAAUCUCGAAUGAGUUACAAUAUUACAAAAUGAUUCAUCUAUUGAGCGGAUAGCACUCUUUUUCUCGACAAUUUUUGGUUGAUGUUUUAACAGCCAAGUCGGAAGAAUUGGAACGGUUGGACGGUUUUGCAUAAAAAGACGAGAGAAAGAGAGACGCAGAAAAGACGACGAAUAGCCAUCUUUGCCAUCACUCCACCAUCGGGCGAAUAGAUACAUCCAUCCAUCCAGCAGUGUAAUAAAUUCAACUCCACGUUAGACAACUUGGAGUGAGAUCAUUUGUGAGACUGACUCUGGUUCAAUGGUGAACACAGUGCUGCUUUGUUAGUUAUACCACUUUUGCCCAUUGACGAGUUUGCAACGAGUUUAGCUUUAGUUGGUUGGUGGCAAGGAAUCGAGUUGGACACCAGGCCGGCUUGCAUCUCAGUUUUUGCACACCCUUCCAUCAACUGGCAAAAUUUGCAUCAAUGAGGAAGCAGUUUGCAAAUUAUAAUAAUAAUCAACAAAUAUUUAUAAUAAUCAACAUCUUGGAACAGUUAGUGGACAAAUUGUGCUCUUUUCUCAGAACUUGAAGGAGUGUAGUGACCGUGGAAGAGUGGACUGGACGCUGAUCACACCGUUGCGUUGAGUUCCAUUUUUUCUCGCCUUGUCAAUUCAGAUUUUAGGAGGGGAUUUUUGCGUCGUGAAAUUGACGUGGCUUUUUGUUACCUGAUUCGUUCCGGAAAGUGAAAGUUCAAUACAUAGGAGUCAAUCCCUCACAAUGGUCGACACGAAGCAGGACACGAAGUACUCGGAGGUCCCGGCCUCCGAGGACAAGAAGGAAGCCGUUGGUCUCAAGCCGCAAAUGACCCUCAUGAACGGUAUCACCGUCAUUGUGGGGAGUAUCAUCGGAUCCGGCAUUUUCGUCGCUCCCACCGGCGUCUUGGUAGGAACGGGGUCUCCAAACUUGGCUCUCGUCGUGUGGACCGCUUCUGGCGUAUUUUCUCUCGUGGGAGCCUACUGCUAUGCCGAGCUGGGCUGCAUGAUUUCGAAAAGUGGGGCCGACUAUGCCUACAUCAUGGUGACGUUUGGCCCCUUCCUGGCUUUCAUCCGGUUGUGGGUGGAGUGCAUGAUUGUCCGACCCUGUUCCCAGGCCAUCGUGGCGCUCACAUUCUCCACCUACAUUUUGAAACCCUUCUUCCCAGAUUGCACUCCGCCGGACGAGUCGAUCCGCCUUCUGGCGGCUGUCGUCAUUUGUUUCCUGACAUUUGUCAACUGUUGGAAUGUCAAGUGGGCGACGACGAUUCAAGAUUGGUUCACCUACGCCAAACUCCUCGCAUUAUUCAUGAUCAUCGGAACUGGUGUUGUGCAGCUGUGUUAUGGAAAAACGGAAUAUUUCACGUGGGAGGGGACAGAAGCGGAUCCUACCAAAAUUGCUCUCUCCUUCUACUCGGGUCUCUUCGCGUACAAUGGAUGGAAUUACUUGAACUUUAUAAUUGAAGAAAUGAAGGACCCCGUGCGCGAUUUACCAAGGGCGAUCGGGAUUUCCUGCAUUCUCGUCAUGGUCGUUUAUGUCUUCACCAACAUGGCUUUCUUUACCACCUUAAGCCCUUCAGAGAUUUUGGGGUCCACCGCCGUCGCUGAGACAUUUGCCCAACGACUCUACGGUUCCUACGCUUGGAUAAUUCCAGUCGCAGUAGCCAUGUCCACUUUCGGUGCUGUGAACGGAAUCCUUCUCACUUCCUCAAGACUUUUCUAUGCUGGUGCAAUGGAAGGUCAGAUGCCCGAAGUGCUAACUAUGAUCCAAACUGAAAAGAAUACUCCUGCACCCGCCGUCUUGUUUGUUGCACUGUUGUCACUCCUCUACUUGACUUCUUCCAAUAUCGUGGUGCUUAUCAAUUAUGUAGGAUUCGCCACUUGGUUGAGCAUCGGUGCCGCAGUCUGUUGCAUCCCAAUCCUCCGUUGGAAGCAGCCCGAUCUUCCAAGACCCAUUAAAGUGAACAUGUUUUGGCCAAUCAGUUACAUCAUCUGUACAAUCAUCAUCACAGUCGUACCUAUGUUUGCCGACCCUAUUACCACAGGAGUCGGCCUUCUUGUGAUCCUCAGCGCUGUGCCAGUGUACUUUCUCUUUAUUGCGUGGAGAAACAAGCCCAAAUGUGUGCAAAGCAUCAUUAACGGGACGACACAGCUUUUGCAAAAGCUUCUUAUCGUGCUGCGACCAUCUUAAAAUGAGCCACGACUACUCAAAACUUACAAAAGUUACUGAUCGUUCUGGCACCUGAGAGACCUGCAAAGGUGUAACGUCUCCCAUCCCAUAAUAGCCAUGGAUUACUAACAACAACUCGUAGUCAACGUGUUCGUGUAGCUUUACGUAAUUUAAGAAUAAUGUUUCCUAAUUUUAUGUUGUUAAAAAAACCAGCUUUGCAAAAGCUAAGAAUUCUAAUCGACAAAGUCGCAAUCUUUGUUCACUCUCUUAAUUCAACUAGCAGAUUUUUAGACGUCAGCAGAAAAAGACUGGCUUACGUUACUAGUGGUGCUUACAUAUACAUAAAUCUUAUCAAGGACUUGGCGUGGUCAUUACGUGUCCGUAUAAAAAAUACAAUUAUUAUGUGCCCUAAAUUGACUGUUACCUUCAUUAGCUUUAUCAUCAUAACAGAGUUUUGCGAGCAAAAAGGACGAAACAAAAUCUUGCAAGAAUAUAAUUCGCGUAGUUUAGUAUAGAUUAAAUCUGAUAACAAAUACUUACAAAAAUGUGAGCACAAUUAUAAAGCCAGGCCCAAAAGCAGUAAAUCAUGAAUUUGCAAAAACAAUUAGUAUCUAAUUAAGAAAAAAAGUGAAUAGUUCAUAUUAAUAGCGACAAAUUUGUACUGUAAACUGCAUCCAUAUUACUGUAUGUAUAUAGUUGCUAGGAAUAGAAGUGUAUUUUUGUAUGAAGGGCAAUUUUUGAAACUACUGCAUUUACAUACAUACUGCUCCUGAUGUGCUGCUUAAUUGCUACUUAUUGAUGGUGGUGAAGAAACAGAAAUUUUGAAACAUUUUACAUUUAAUAAUUUCUUUCGUGUGAAUCUGAAUGUUUUUUUUUAUUUUAAAUUUUAUCGUUAUUUGUAAGUUAUUUCAGUGUUGUUGUUGUUGUAAUGCAUCACAUAAAUUUAAUUCUGCUUUUUAAUCAACACCGGUAUUUAUUCAGUAAUUUUCAUUGUAUGCAAUUUUAAAUUGAAAAUGGUAAUUAAUGCUCUGAUUUGAAUAUUAUUAGUUGUUGAGCUUUUAUUACUUCCUGGUGAUUUCCUCUUUGUUCUUGUACUGAUAUUAAGUUAAAAGUCAUUCCUGUUUCUAUUGAUUGCCGUCUUGUUACAAUUUGUAUGUCAAUUAUAAUUAUAUUUAGUAUUUAUCAAGUAAGUAUAAGCAUUGAUUUGAUCCCCCAAAAAUUUAUUUCCAUUUCUAUACAUACACACAUAAGUGCACUAUCUAAGAAAAAUGUCAAAUCAUGAUUCACAUUAUUAUUACUAAGCAUACUUAUCAUCACCAAGCCGCCCCUUAAAAACGCUUCGCUCUUAUCAACCGAAAACUCUUCCCGAAGACAAUAAUAAACAUAAUAAACGGGGUUAGAUAAGGUAAUAAUAGAGUGAGGAUUUGAUACUAAUACUACUCGUGCACCUUUUCCUUCAUGCACCGUGAAUUAUUAUAGAAAUUACGUGAAAUCAGAGUGUAAAAAAAAACAUCACACAAGUGCAACAUUGUUAAACGUGUCUGUAUUAAUGGUCAAUAUGUGGACUGGAUAUUAUGUAAGAACAAUUUCCACAAUAAGUUAUUGAUCAGGACAAUAAAAACGAAUUUGCCUUAUUUCCUCUUAACAUUUA